AUGAUCUAUACUACGCGUCCGUAUUAUACGCGUCGCCUAAACGUUCGCGUCGUCCGUACGCGUCUCGUACGCGACCGUCUCGUACGCGACCGUCUCGUACGCGACCGUCUCGUACGCGCCGUCUCGUACGCGUCCGUCGUACGUGUCAGCGUCGCGACCUCGUACGCGACGCGUCCGUCUCUGUUUUACAGUCUUUACGCGACCGUCUCGACGCCUUCGUCGUCUCAAGCGCUGUCUUUAUCAACCAUCAGCGAUUCAAUCAGUUUCAUAGGCGUCCGUCUUUACGCGUCCGAUUCUUGGCGUCAUCACUCAUGUUCGUCCGUCUCAUAUUCGCGUCCGUCUUUUAUGCGUCAGAAAUCUUUUCAAAAAAAUCAAAUCUCGUAUGCGUCCGAACAAGAUUACACGUCCGUCUUUUAUUCAACUGUGAAUCUGCUUGAGAUGCGUCAGUCUCGUUACGCGUCCGUCUCUGAGUUGCGUCCGUCUCUAGAUAAAUAA